AUGUCGCUGUGGUCGUCAUAUAAGGCGCUUUCGCCUAGAACGCGCAUUUUCGUUGGCUUUGGCCUCAUGGCUAACGCAGCUUUGGCCUUGCAUUUCGAAGAUCAGCUGGAGGAGCUUCUGGGCGUCAAGCCAACUCCCGAAGAGCAAAAGCACUUCCAGCAAAAGCUACCUAAGAUCUCGGUGGUUGAGCGAGACACAAAGUGA